AUGGAUACAGAAGAGUUGCAGAUUGGCUCCUCUGUAGGACAGCAACCCACUGUGCUUGAAGAUGAAGAUGAAGAUGAAGAAUUCGAUACCGAAGAUGAUGUUGAGGAGGAUGACGAUGACGUGAACGAAGAAGAGUCAGAAGAGGAAGGAGCCCACCAACAAAAGCAGAAAGAGACCGAGAUACAUACACAGAGCGAAGCACCUUCUUCUUCUCUAGAGGCUGAGGCUCUGGAGAGGGUGAAGCAGGACAUCCGGGCCAGAGCCGAGCGGCUGGCGCGCGACCUCGGCCUCCCGUUCUUCGCCGAGCCGCCGUCGGCGCAGCUCUCGCGCCAGUUCGAGUUUCUGGUGGAGGUGGCGCCCCAUCGCGUGCAGGUCACCCAACGCAAGCACGCUGCGCCCGCCAAGCGGAUGGCGCCCGUGUACGUUGAUUUUGUGCGAGGCGCGCUGGCCCACCGCACCAAGUUCGGUAACGACCAACGCUCGCCCAUGGCCCGCGCUGUGGGUGUGGGCAAGGAGCCCAACUUGUCCGUGCUGGACGCCACCGGAGGCCUGGGCAAGGACGCGUUCGUGUUGGCUUCGCUCGGGUGCCGCGUUACGCUCGUCGAGCGGAAUCCCGUCGUGCACGCUCUGUUGCGAGAUGGUCUGCAGCGAUUGCGCGACGCGGACAAGGGGAGGGAAUGGGAGGCCAACCUGCAACUGGUGCACGCCGACUCGACGCAGUACCUGCUUUCACUGCCCGUGGCAGAACGGCCAGACGUCAUCUAUAUCGACCCCAUGUACCCGCAUCCCAAGCGAAGGCAAAAGGCGUUGACCAAGAUCGGCAUGCAGCUGGCCCGCGCGCUUGUCGGCGACGACGCCGACGCCAACCGCCUGCUCGAAAUCGCCCAACAGGCAAGUGCGCAGGUGGCGAGGAAGCGAGUGGUGGUGAAGCGACCCAAGUAUGUGGCCGAAGAUCCUCGCGCGUCGCGCGCCUACAAGAGCCCUCGCACGCGCUUCGAAGUCCACGACACCGCCCUCCCGCCGCAGUAG